AUGCUCGAGCGCCAGCGGCCGCCGCCGCCGCCCCUCGCGCUCCGGGCGGGGUCCUCGGCCGGCAGGGGCGGGGUCCUCGGCCGGCAGGGGCGGGGUCCUCGGCCGGCAGGGGCGGGGUCCUCGGCCGGCAGGGGCGGGGUCGGGGGCCUGGGGCGGGGUCGGGGACCGGGGCCAGGAGCGGGGGAGCUCGGCUGGGAGCUACGGCUGCCCAUUCGCGAGGGGCAAGGGGCUGUUCGGAAGAAGGUGGGGGGCCUCGGCCGGCAGGGGCGAGGUGCUUCGACCCAGAGUUGGGGCCUGGUCGUACAGAUUGUUAGGACGUUCUACAUAGAUGUGGAUGAAAGACUACAGAAGGAAGGAGCAACAAACGUCAAAAACAAAACCAUGGCUAUAAACUCUGCUGGAUUUGAAAUUUUCUUCCAGAAUCUCCGAACAAGACCCUAAGCUAUGACAUCCACUUCAAUGACUAUUCGUCUCCCAAAUAUACGUACGCUUUUAAUAAAUAUGUCGAUCUUUGGACCAGC